GAGUGAGAAUCUGCAUGUUUUUAGAUGUGUUGCCUGGAAGUCAGAGUGUGCCGUAAAUCUGGAUACAGAUGUUGAGUUUUGUUUGAUGGCUCGGGAUGGGGCUUAACGUUGGGAACGCAUCCACAGGUGUGUUCGCACUCGUUUGUGAGAGUGUUUUUUUCUGUUGAUCUUGUGCUACGGUGUGUGAUCUGGUGGUUUGGUUCUUAAUGAUCUGUGCCGUUUUAUUUGUGUUGCCUACAGCCAUCUGUUUAUGGUCUUUUAGUCAGUGUCAAGACUCAAGACUGAAACCUCUCCCUUCCAGCUCUCCCCUCUUUUUGUCAUUCUCAUUUCAGAGAUGAUCGGAGCAGCGAGGAGCCAGUGAACAGGCAGAAGCGAUGGAGCGAUGCCUUUCCUUUUCAAUCCCUCCUUCCGUCUUUUCGUUGCUUUGUCUCUCCUUCCCCCUAGCUCCAUCUAUCCCCACAUUGGAUUCUUUCCCCUUUGGAGCUUCCUGCUGGUCACUGUAAUUUUUUGCACUGCCACCGGUGACACAGAUGACAGAAAGUGGGAGGAGUUGGGUGAAAUGCAGAUGCCAGUCACCGCACAGGCCAGCACCACUCAGCUCUGGGCGGUGGACUGGGGUCCCACGCAGCCCCUGGAGGACGAAACCCAUCACGUCCUGUCCAGCCUGGAGACGGAGAGUCUGAGGGUGACCCCGUCUCAGGACUGGACGCAUCAUCGGAGUGCGGCCACCAAUCAGACGCAGCGCCCAACUACAGGAGAGAGGGAGAAGAUAGAGACAGAGGAGCCGGACACCAAGGAAGUGGACCCCCAGUUUUAUGUGACGGUGACAAUUUCAUCUCUGCUGAUUCUCACUGCGGUCAUCAUCUCUGCUAAACUCUGUUACGACCGCAGUCUCUCCCAGCGUCCCCCACCUCUCUCCCUCGCCAUCCCUCGUUCCAUAGCUCAGGAGGACAGCAGGCAGACACUGCACAGCACUCCAUCCUUCUCCGACAGAGAGAGGAUACCAGUGGUCAAUCUUUGAAGAGCCGACAGUUCUGAGCAUGGUAAUCAAAUCCCGUGGGCAUGACACAGACUUUGGUGCGAACACAUGGGCAAACCAUCCGAAUGUACAUAAAAUGCAGAUUGACACAUGUGGAUAGGUGGAUGAAUCCAUCUUUUUGGACACUCUGAUGGAGACUAUGCGGUUUUGUGGUCCAACGGCUCUUCGUUUCUGGCUGUACCUCUUUCUUCCAGUGCCGUUCGUACAGUAUCAUAUAUUCAUUAGCUCAACGCAGCCAUUCACAAGGGCUCCGGGAAUGCUAUGUCCUCUACCAUGAAAACAAUCGUUAGCUUCUGAUCUUGGAAUAAGCUGUGAUGUAUGUAGUCAUUAAUUUAGUAACCGGCGUGUCACGCUUGCAGUGGCCGAUCUCUCAUGCAUACAAAGGUUACAGCUGCCUACCGCUGC